AUGUUACAGCCACAAGACGUCAUCGAAAUCAGUGAUGACGAUGAUGGCGAUGCACCUCAGAUCAAAGAAAGCGAAUGGAAGAAGAAGCUGUUCGCGUCCCUGAAUGCCAUUCAGGCAGAACGUAAACUUAUAUCCUUCAGAAGCUAUCAGGAGUUCGUCAAUCCAGGCCUCAAAAUUGGGGGACAACAAACUAUACCGCUACCUCUAACAGAUCACUAUGCCGAAGUCAUCAAAGGGCUGAGCUACGCGGUUCAAGAGACUGAUAGUAAGGCCCAGAAUAUCUGGGAGCUUGACCGUGCACAAUUCGACUUGAUCAAUCCGGCCUGGACAUCAUGUCUGGACAGGAUAACACAGGAAACCACCAAGGAACUUGGUAUAGAAAAUGCCUUGCUGAGUCUGAAGAAGCUGACACUUCAGGGACCGGGACCUGUAGCCAAGCAUGACCAAAGCCUAGAGCAAUCUGAUUUCAUCGUCGGCCACCUUUCCGUUUGCCUGCCAUCUGAGCAUCAGGGUGGAGACAUUCAUGUAUCUCUUGGUGGAAGAGGGAAAACUGUAUCUACCGCGCCUUCAUCAGCUUUCGACCUUUCUGCCAUUGGUUGGGUUUCUCCUGCCAAUAGCCUGGCCACCGAACUGGUCUCCGGAUAUCGGCUCACUAUAUCAUACAUACUACAUCGGUUCAACGAUGGGCAACGCAUUGUCCCUUCAUCAUAUGUGGGGAGUGGCCGUGUGGAAGAAGUUCUUCAGAUGUGGCAGCACCAACAUUCUGGUACCAAAAGGAUGCUGUAUAAAUUGGACGACGAGAACGGCACGGGGGUUUUAUCACUCCAAGAAGCAAGAGACCGGGACAAAGCAGUCUGUGAAGCCUUAUCCGCGGCUUGUUCAGAAGCCGGGCUCUAUAUGUUGUUCGCUGAAAUCACACAUGAGGUAACCGAUAAUCUUACUAGCAAAACUGUGGAGAGUUCCAUUGACGGAGUCUAUACGCCUGAAGGUCAUUUAUUGACAGAGAACAAAGAGCUCGACGCAGAAAAUGAGGUAUUAGGCUUUGAUGUGGAUCGACAAUGGGACCUUGAUCCUGCCAGUGAUGAAGAUGAGGGCAUGAGUAAUGAAUAUCUCAUGGAAGAACACACAAUGACUCGCCGUUGGCACGACCAUGCAGUUCUUCUGAUACCUAAGGAAGGAUUGCUGGACCUGAUGAGACCAGGUGGUCAAAACACUUCUCGGCGGUCAGCACGACUUACUCGAGAUCAAGAGACCCAUCAUCCAGGCAUGGCACCUGUUGUGGCGAUGGUUGUCGACGACUUAGAGAAGAAUCCUGGGGGUACAAUCAAGGUGGCAGAAAACAUAAUCGACAAGCUUUGCGACUCUGGGAAUGACACGCAAGUGCUAUGCACAUGCAUCAACCCCAUCGUGAACUGGAGCCUAAGGUCUGGAUACAUGCCACUAUAUAGAUCAGCUUUACGAAAAAACCCUAUAACUGCAGUGCAUGUACUUACAGAGUAUCUUGCAAAGAAGUACCAAGGCUCAGAAGAAUCUAUCGAUUGGAAAGAAUGGCUUGACGAUACUACAAAGAAGCCCAUUGGGCAAUUUGGAAUAUUAUAUCGCGACUUUUCGCGUACUAUCCUGGCCAUCAGUCAAGCUGUAUGGAAAUCUUUUGAUGCUUGGGCAGAGACAAUAAUGGAUGAGAAGCUAAACCCGGAGCUCAAUUGGGAGUAUACCGAUCUGGAAACGAUCCUCGACUUAAUCCGGCUCCGUUGCGAUAAUGCUCACUGGAUUGUCAACAGGCUGCUUCCCAAAGUUGCGUCUGGUCACCACAACCAGAACCAUAGCGCACUUUUGGUCCAACGUCUGUUCAACAUUUACCAGUUCAGAAGCGAACCACAAUUCAUGCAUGCAAAGGAAAUGUUCAAAAGCAUUAUAAAUCACAGCGAUGGUAAACUCAACUUCUCGCCUGAUAGGCUUGAGCCUACGGAAGAAGCUUGGUUGGUGCAGACUCCCAGGCAUGACUUGAUCUGCGGCCCUUUUGUUCGGCUCAUUACUGAGUGCCACAUUAUUGGGGCAUUUGUAGAAGCUUCUCGAGUACUUGAAGAAACAUUUUCGGACUUUGCCGCAGAAAAAGCGAAAUGGAUUCUUGUCAAAGAUCCAUUCGGUGUUAUCUUCUGCUUGAUCACCCCCUUCAUUCGAUUGUCCGCAGAGGGCCUGUUGAGGAAGACACCAGUUUUGUUGGAAGUUCUUGAGCUUCUUGUGCGCAAAAUCAUCCGACUUGACUUGCCCAGGCAAUCUCAUGCUGUUGGCGGACUGGUUUUCCGAGAGCGAGGCUGUGGGUUUUGUGAGGAUUGUGCUGAACUGGAUCGAUUCUUGACUUCGCCUCGGGAUACUAUCUGGGAGUUCAACGCACCAAAGAAUCGAAGAUUGCAUAUCGAGCAUGCUAUUGGGGUAGAAAAGUCGCUUCAAGUUACAAGAGUAUUGGAUCAGACUACCGGCACGUUUGGGAAACUCAGGGUGACCAAGACAGCAGCCCAAGCCCAACCUGACUUGCGAAGCUGGGUUUCCAACUACAGAGGCUUGGAGAAGGUUCUUCAACCUCUCCAGGGAGAGUUCAUGAAGAAGGCACUUGGUGAGGAACGAUACCGCGAAAUCAUCUUGCUGAAGGGAGUAACUCCAUACGGGCCGCCACUGAAUUCAGCUAGAGUGAGAAGGCCACCCACUGAAGAUGGAUCACAGCCUGAUAAACGACUUUGCACCUCCGAGAUGGAUGCCAUAGAUCAGGGUUUGCCGCACAAUCAAACAGCAAGUCAAACAGAAACGGGCAAUGUUUAG